AUGGUUUCCUUCAAGCUCUCUGCUGUCGCGCUGUUCGCGCUGCAGGUUCUCGGUGUCGCUACGGCCGUCGAGGAACCCCUCGCCGGCAAGGCUGCUGCCGAGGUCAAGAUUGACGUCGACACCAAGUUCCCCGAGGCCGACAUCUUCGGCCUCAAGCUCAUCAACGGCCGCGCCACCAAGGCCAUCGUCGAGAUCACCAACCAGGAGGACAGCCCCGUCCGCGUGUCUAUCCUCGGCGGUGCCCUCGUCAACCCCCAGCUGCUCCCCGAGGGCGUUUCCCCCUCCGCCAACAUUGUCGUCAACCUGACCACCGUCAGCUUCGAGGGCUCCAAGGACGCCGUCCUGCAGCCUGGCGAGAAGCGCGGCUACCCUUACAACUUUGUCCUCGACCUGCAGCCCCGUGAGCUGCGCCUCGACCUCAUGGCCAUUGUCACCAACGCCAAGGGCCAGCUGUUCCAGGUCAUUGCCCACAGCGAUACCGCCACCAUUGUCGACCCCCCGAUCAACAUCUUUGACCCUCAGAUGUGCGUGAUUCCGUGGCGUUCUUCCGUCGUAUUCUCUCUCUCUCUCUCUCUCUCUCUCUUCCCCGCUAACGUGUGCAGCAUCUUCCUCUACGUCUUCCUGACUGGUGUGUUCGGUGCCACCCUGUACUUUGUUUACAAGACCUGGAUCGAGGCUCUUUUCCCGCAGGCCAAGCGCUCCAGCGGCGGCCGCAAAGCCCGCAAGGUGGCUGCUGCUGCUGAGGCUGCCAGCGCCGACGCACUGUCCGGCAACGAGUCGACGGGCGCUGGUACCGGUGCCGAGGACUUUGACGCCAGCUGGAUCCCCGCCCACCACAUCAACCGCCCCGUCGCCAAGCGUGUUAAGAGCGGUGCCUCCAAGAAGAAGGCCACUGCCGAGUAA